AUGAGCGCCUACGUGCCGACGCUCAAGAAGAUGUGGAAGCACGCCUCCAUUGUACAGAAGUGCUGCGCUGGAAUUAUCUUGGUCGAACUGUCCUUCUUCGUGUCUCCUGGCACCAAGUUCGUGACGAAGCGGGACAUCGCGUGGCUGCUCAGCUUGGUCAACUCGGACGACAUCGACGAGGGUGUGCUGCUCGGCGUACUUAAGCUCAUAGGUGGCCUGUGCGAGACCAACUACGGCAAGGCCAGGAAAUGGAUUCGCGCCUUGGACGGCGUCACUGCGCUGCUCAAGCUGAUUUGUGCGACCGAUUCGCAGAACGCACAGUGGUUUGCUGCUCACACACUCAAUGGUUUAUCGCUAUUUGACUAUGCCGGAGCCAAACGCAUCGCGGAAUGCACGUCGGUAGAAUUGCCUGAACCAGCCGCGGAGCUGUUGGUCGAGCCGGGAAGGGAUCUGAAGGACAGGAAGUCCCUACCCUCGCUUGAGAUCCUCCUCCGCCUCCUCAAAUCCAACAACGGAGGUCUGAUCGGGCUAGUGCGCGAUAUCAUGGAGAGCUCGACGCAUGCCACGUUGCAGUUCAUUGCUGCGUCGACCUUGGCCUGCCUCAUCGGAUCCCGCUCCUCCUUCGUGCCUUCGCUGAGCAACCUCGCAUCGCCCUCCUUCACCUUCCCCUCGCCCUCCUACCCCGGCUCCGGUUCCUUCACCCUGCCUUCGUUUUCGUUCUUCCUCUCUCCGUCUUCGUCAUCGUCGUCUGUGAGGGACAGCGCUUCUUCGGUCUCGCCUCCUCCCUCCUCGCCCGAUUCGGAAUCCCUUUCGGCGCCGACCUCGCCCACGUCACGUACACGCCACCGGCGUUUUGAGGAGGAGAGCUCUCCGUCGACCGAAGAGAAGCAGCGAACGUCUACGCGCGACCGCAAGCUGGCUUCGUUCUUCUCGUCGCCUUCGUUCUUCCCCGUCGCUCGCUCCCGCUCGUCCGUUUCCAUAUUGGACAACAAGGACUUCAUUCCUCACCUGGAGGAGCGCAGCGGCCGGGCAGCCCUAACGGCCUCGUCUCCCUGCAGCCGGCGGUUCGACGAGGAGGAGGACGGAGGCCAGGAGUACCACCGCAGUCACGAUCAUCACCACAACGAUCAGCAGCAUGGCAAGGACAAGGAGCUUCACGCGCUAGAGCAGCCGGGGCAUCACCACCGCCAUAAUAACGGCAACAGCGAGGCCUCGACGGUGCAUCGCAACACCAUCGCGAACGGCGGAAGCGGCAUCAAGGGCAAGGCGCCGGUUCCCGAGGAGGAGGCGACAACCGACAAGCCCCACGAGGCGAGCCGCCGGAAGUACCCUUUCCGGCGCGGCACGCUCUACGCACACGAGCUGGAGCUGAUGAAGGGCAAGAAGGGGCUCCGCGGCAUGCUCCACGAGCUGGUUCACACCAAGAAUCGAGAGGUGCAGUUCCAGGCGAUCAAGGGUAUCGGCACGCUCGGGAGCAUGGACCAGGAGUGCCUGGAGGUGAUUCUCGCCGAGGACGAGGGCCGAGCCAUCGCGCACCUGGGCAAGUUUCUGGAGUGCACCAACUUCAUGCUGCUGCGCGUGGCCGCCUUCUCGCUCUACUGCCUGUGCUCGACCGCGAAGGCGCGCGAGGUGAGUCACCUCAUCAUCCGCCAUCGCAUCACCUCCAAGCUCAAGUCCGUCGCGGCCAAUACCCGCGAUGUCGCCGCCAAGGCUCUGGCCAAGAAGACCCUCAAGCUCGUCAAGAAGUACAAGUGA